AAAAAACUCACGCAACCUAACUGAGCUCAGCACAGCGCAGUGUCUCUUGUGUUCGACUUGCGCCGAACUCUUCUCCAUUUUAUCCUUUCCCUUCUUUGACAUCGCAGCCAAAAAAAGAUAUUUCUGUCUCCUCAUUUACACCUGAAAUGAAUCGAGCCCUAGAGGGGGUUGUUGAAGUCGCCCAAAUUAACAAAAUAACGAUUGAUCUUCAAAUCCUCAGUCGCCGUUGUCGGCGAUAGAGUCGGAGCGUCCGUCAUGGUUUUUUAGUUUCUUCAUGGCCAGUGAGUGCGAACCUGACUUAACCCUCUCACUAAACCCUAUGACAAACGACGUUUGUGAAUCUAGACUAAAAUGCUUGCCUGUACAACCAUAAGUUCCACAGCAAGUAAAUGUGUACUAGUCUAUUUAACACUGAUGGUGUCGCUCCGUCCCCACAUCAUCGUAUUUUACUACGUAUUCGUCUACGAUCUUUUUUCUCUCUCGGAGACUAAGCUGUUUCUAUUAUUACGAGGAUGGGUUCCCAUUGUGCUUGCAGUUACAAAUGCGAGCUAAGAGGCC